AUGGCAUUGACCUGCCAGUACUGUAGCAAAUCCUUCAACAAGGGCGAGCAUUUGCGGAGGCAUGAGCGUGGACACACGGGCCAUCGGCCCUUUACGUGUGCGCACUGCAAGCGAGGCUUCAGCCGACAGGAUUCUUUGCUUCGGCAUCAGAAAGUCCACGACCAGAAGCCAAACAAGGCUUCUUCCAGCAAGGCGAGCUAUUCUCCAACUGCAAUCCGCGCACCGAGCGACAUAUCAACUCCCUUCAACGAUGCCGCGAGUGGGGCAAACGUUCAGCUCUCCACGAGUCUGACCAACGAUAUCUUUACGUCUCCAAAUGCUGGAGGAAGUCAGAUUAGCGGGACGGGCGAUGCCUUUCAAUAUGGCGGCACGAUGGGGUUUCAGGAUGCCAAUGCACUCUCUGACAUGGACUUCAGCCUCAUGUGGCCGGACUCUGAAGAUCUCUUCCAAAGUAUCUUCUCCACGGACUUCAGCAACUCCUGGCAGGUGCCUCCAGGAACGUUGCCGCUGCCUUCGGGGACGCUGUCAUUGCCACCAGCCCCUCAGACACAAAUCGCAAGACCACCUCGUCUCCACCCGCUUCCUGCUGACGGUAGUGGCACGUCAACUCCCCGCCGAGACGCCCGUCCGAACGAGAGCCAAGUACCGUCCGGCGACAACCAGAUCCGGGCCGGGGACAAUCAAGGAGCGGUCGAUGGCGUGAGCCAGAUGGUAGCAGACUACUCUUCGAGUCUGACCGCUGCAGUGGACUCCAAGUCGAUCACGUCCGUCUUCCUCGACGAAAGCUUGCACAUGUUCUUCGAUCGCUUUAUUCCAAUCUUUCCCAUCAUGCAUCGACCAACGUUUGUCUAUCGGGAUUGCUCACAUGCUUUGUUGCUUAAUGCUAUUGCACUUGGCUCUCUGUACCUCGGGCCUGCGGACAGCAUCGCAAAGGGGGAAUCACUGUGGCGUCUGGCCCAUACUGCCGUUGCAACAUCCUGGCAGACACUCAUCACCCACCGGGGACCCUACGACGCGUGUUCCGGGGUUCAGCUUGUACUAGCAUCCCUUUUGAGCGUCGUCUAUGGUGCGCUUUCAAAGAACUCGGACAUUCGACGUGCGAGCUUGGCUUUGCACGCUUCCGCUUUCUUUUGGGCAAGACAGUGCGGUAUAUUCAACUGCGAGCCUUACAGCUUGGCUGAUUUGCCUGCAAUGUCGGCUCCUCGCGCAGAUAAAAUGCAUCAAUGGAGAACAUGGGCGGCGAGGGAGAUUCAGCAGAGAGCUUUGCUGUCGCACUUUGUGUUGGACGGUAUCAUUGCUCACAUGCAAGGCAAUUCUACGUCAGUUCGGCACACGUCGAACACGUUGAAGCUUUCCAACUGCGAGCGUGCCUUCCAAGACACCACCGUUGAUGCGUGGCUUGAACGGAUGCAUACGGCGCGGCAGGAUCAGAAUUCUUUCCGGGAUAUCUACCGGGGGCUGUUCAUACGACCCGAGAACCUGUGGGAGAUUUCUCAAGGAUGCUCAAAUUUUUCCCUCCGCGUGUUGCUGGAGGGGCUACAGUCCAUGAUUGCUGAUAGCGAUGACCUUGAUGGCGCCAUCAUCAAUCCUCCGAACCGAUCACAGAUUGGACACGCUCUGUCGUGGAUCUACGAGAAGAUUUCAACAUGUGGUGACAUGGCGGAGGUGGAGAGGCUGGAAGUGUUGAUGAGAUGGCAUGCCGUCUGUCUGGAGGCCGUGACGAAGACGCCACAGCUCUGCAAUUACAUCUGCAAGCGCUGGAAUACCCAACAAGCUCUCUGGCCGAAUCCCAAUUUUCGUGACAACGAGUACGACCUUCCGAAGCUGGUGAGCAGCCCGGACGGUCGCAAGGCGUUGCUACACGCGGUAGCAAUACAGCAAAUCGUCGAGCAACUCCCAAGAGGGCGUGCUCACGCCGUGCAUAUGCCAAGCUCUUUGUUCGCCGCCGCGACGAUUUAUGGCAUUUUUUCCUUUGCGGGGCAGACUAGUGUACGGACUCCGAGCGCUGUGGAAUGGAAGGAUGUGGUCCUUGCUGCCGAAGAUUUGCAGAGUGUUCACCACGAGACUGCGGACUUUAUCCAAAACAAUCGGUUCCCCUCGGGUCUGUCUUCGGCGACGGCAAAGAACGUCUUUUACGAGCUGAACUCGGUGCAGAAGCUUUUUCGCACGCUGGAGACGCAAUGGGGCGUGGCUACGGAUAUGGAAAAGGUCAUAUCGCAGUGGAUUGCAGUCUGCCAUGCAUGA